AUGUCUGUCUUCCUUCCUCAGAACACUCUGCUUCCUGUGUAUGUGUAUGUGAUGGUGGGUAUAGAUGUCAGUCAAAAUAUUGAUUUUUCCAUUUCACCAGAAGCACCUAAGCCAAAGGACAGUGGCAAGAAAAUUCGACGAAAACUGCCACCGAUUCCAGCAGACGAGGAACCAGCUACAACUCCCAGAGCCCCAGCUCAAAAGAAGAGCCCUUCAAGUUCUGUCCCACCGGCUCCCAGUCGAAAGGCCCCCACAAUUAAGGCAGUGAAAGGAAGCCCACAUGGAGACAAUGAGACUGUCUCACAUAAAGACGACUCUAGCCGAGAGGCAGGCCACCCCUCCCAGUCAGUCAAGUCUACAAGCUCAUCACUCUCCGGGGUGGGGCGAACAAAUGGGAACCAUAGCUUACGUGCCAAUAGUGCUGGAAAUGGUUCAGGCACUGGUCCCUGCACCAGCAAACAGAAAACAGUUGGAGGCCCAAAUGGAACUACUUCAAAAGGUGGCAAUGGACGUAAUGGCAGGCAAUCUGAUGGAGGCCCUAUGAAAGCCCCUAUCCCAUCCAACAGUAGGAUGGGAACUGGUAAUGGGGGACGACAAUCAGGUGCUGUGAAUGGGAGGAAAACAAGUGAGAAACAGGCAAUAGGAAAACAUGAUGCCAAAUCAGUAGUGGCAUAUCAAUCCUCAACUGUCGAGCAGAAGGUUAGUGAUAGAAGGUGGCAUCUGCAUGUAACCCCUCCGGGUUCCUUGUCAGAUGAAUUCACACAAGAUGAUAACGAUCAGAUCAUCGACUCACUGGUUGGAAUCUAUGGUAUUCCAAUCAGCACAGCAAUGAAAUCUCUCAAAAGGAGGCUCCAAGAUGAGUUGAGGAAAGUAACUGAAAGCCGGCGACGGAAGAUCGAGGAACUGGAAGAAAUCCAUGCACUGGAACGGCAAAUUGAGGAACUGAAGUUGGAGUCAAAAUUGGAUUCCAGGGCCGCCGCUUUACUGGCGUCCGGUCACAAGUCUCGGACUUUGCCAAGAAAUGGUCGCGGUCUUGUGACAUCAUCGUCCUUUGAUAAGUCUACCGCAUCAGUGCGUUCAUCUCCACAGAUCAUUCCAAGACGUUCCCGUCACCGCCGGCAAGCGUCCGACCCAAUGAUUGCAAAAUUCUCGCCAAUCAAAGAGGACAAGGAUAUUGAGGCUGACUUCCAGGCGCGUGGCGCCACUGAAGGUAUGGAAGGCAAGUUCUCUAAGUACUCUACAGAUGAUAGUUCUCAGUCAGGACUCAGUGAUACAGAGAGUACGCGUUCGGAACCUAUUGGAGAGACCAUAAAUUCAGCAUACAAGAAGAUAAAGCCCUCAGCUUAUGCCAAAAUGUUCUAUACUGGUCGAGCUCAGUCCACUGAGCGAAUUCAUCCUUCAGAUAGCGCACAGUAUUUAUCAACAUCUGCUCCCUUAUCGAGCAGUCACUCUGAAUCAUACCUUGCUGAUGGUCUAGCAGGACACCUGAAAACACCAACAUACUUCUCGGAUGAUGAGGAAAAACGUACAAAGGAGGAGAAGCGACAGAUCCUUCAGUAUGAAAUUGAGAAGAGAAAGAAGCAACUAGAAGAGACGGCACGCCUACAACAUGAACUUAUACGCCUCUCCCGUGCCCGACAGGCAGUUGCUCACAGUUAUGACGACAUUCCAAGACGUUAUGCCUACUCCACAAGUCCACGACACGUGCCAACCGGUAUCAUUAAGCCUUUAGAUGAUGACCUACCACCCCAGUUAGAACGCUUUGUCCAAAGCACUCACGACAUUCGCAAAUCAGAAAGUAUGGAUGCCAAAAGAGUCCAGGAACUUUAUCAAGCCCAGGCAAACUACAGCUCCACAGAAUAUUUAGCCCACAAACAAGAGCUUGCCAGACGCCAACUUUAUGAUGAUUAUUCUACGUACGGGUCAUACCCACCUUACGAUGCUGGCUUAAGUCAAUCGCAGGUUUAUCCGUCUUCGCCAAACUUAAUGAACAGGAGUGAUUCAGGUCCAGUAAUUAUACCUAACAUACCCCCAGGGUUACAUCCACCUGGUAUUUCCGGUAGUGUGACCCUCCCUGAUAUCAACAGGUCUGACAUGGAUAUUAUGCCUACGAGGGAGCUUCACCAGCACCAGUUUUCAUCAGACACCGAUAACAGCCCAGCAAGUGACUACACACCUGCCAUGCCUCUGUUGGAUGAUAUCACAACAAGAUCUCGAAAGAUCUUGCAUGAUAUUGGUAGCCGACCCCUGUCUGCUGAGUUUAACUUGCCCGGAGGCGUAGAUGACUUGAUGAAUGCCAUGUACCGUGUAGAAAGUGAUAACAGCGUAGAUGCCGAUGAACCAAUAAUGAAACAUAUGAUGGAAGGAGGUGUUACCAUUCUUAAACAGUUGGAAAGGAAAAAGCAGCCUGCACCUACACAACCAAAACGGUAUCCCUUUGUCACCAAACGGAUUCUUUUAACCCGAGACCCAAAGGACAAGUCAAUCAAAGGAAAUGGGAUAGGAAUGAAGAUUGUUGGAGGUAAACACCAAAGUCCAGAUGAAGAGAUGGUUGCCUAUGUUGCAGCUAUUUACCCGGGAGGCAUUGCUGAACAGUUACAUGGUGAGCUGGAAGAGGGUGAUCAAAUAUUAGAAUGGAAUGGAAUUGAGCUCACUGGGAAGACUUAUGAAGAAGUGCAACAGAUCAUAUCGCAACCGAAUGGAGAAAUUGAAUUAGUUGUACGACCAGGCACCAAAUUGUGUCCAAAAGACGGAGAAGGCAGCAAUCUCCAAGACGGCAGUUGCCAUUCUUCUUAUGACAAUUUGGAAUACAUCAGUGAUGAUGAUGAUGAGUACGUGUGA